AGCACGUUAAUCGUUAUUCAUUAUUUAUUUUAAGAUUAAUUAAAUUAAUUAUCCUUUCAAGUAAAAUGCCUUCUGUUAAGCAUUACUCUAGUGAAGUAAAUCAGUAUGAAUUAUCGACUAGAUUAUUAUCAUUGACUGAAAACAAUACGUCUUACACAUUAACUCAAAUUAAUGGUCAGAGAAUAUACAGGAAAGCUCCUCAUGCAUGGAAUGGUCCGGAACCAUCAAGAAACUGUGAAGUGUUCAUCGGACGAAUCCCGCAUGACUGCUUCGAGGACACGUUGGUGCCGCUCUUCCGGCAGGCUGGCGAGCUGUUCGAGUUCAGACUCAUGAUCAACUUCUCUGGCUGGAACCGAGGGUACGCGUUCGCGAUGUACACCACCGAGGCGGAGGCUGGCAACGCCAUCCGCAUAUUCAACAACUACAUGAUACGCCCGUCAUGGCAGCUCGGCGUGUGCCCUUCCAUCAACAACUGUCGCAUCUUCAUUUCACGUAUUCCCGCGAGUACGUCAUCGGCGGAGAUCGUCCGGCUGCUGUACGCGCUCACGGAGGAAGUGCAGGAGGUGCGUGUGCGGCGCUCGAGCGGAGGCUGCGCGGCAAUCGUGGAGUACCGCUCGCACCGCGGCGCCGCAAUGGCACGCAAGGCGCUGGUGGCGGCGGCAGCGGCGGCCUGGGGCUGCGGCGCGCGCCCCGCCGUCGACUGGUCGCUGCCGCAGUCGUCGCACCUGCUGCGCCAGUAUCGUGAGGUGGGACGGUGGAGUCCUGAGCGCGGCGUUGAGCUGUACCGACUGCCGGAGGAGCCGCCCAGCAGCUCGUACACGCUGGAGCGCUGGUCGCAGGAGCGCCGGCUGCGCAUGAUCCAGGAGGCGCAGCGCGCGCCCGCCGCACCCGCCGGGCCGCGCGCCCUGGCGCCCGCCGACUGGUCCCAGGCGAUGGCGGUGGAGUCGCUCAGCUCGAGCCUGGGCUCGCUGAGCCUGAGCGGUGCGUGGGGCGCGGCGGAGGAGCGCGCCGCUGCCGAGGGCGAGGCGCCGCGCCCGGACUACAACCCCUGGACUGCGCCGCACCUGCUGCACUUCUCCAAUGACGACUCGCAGUGAGUGGGCAGCACCGCUUGGGUAACUCACCGAUGCUAAUGAUUGAUCUUGCCAGCAAUGUCAUCAGUUUAAUCAAUUAUCAUUGAAUCUCUCCAUUCAAUCUGAGGAGGAGAGUGGCCUGGGUAUAUUUUAAACAAAACUUAACUCUUAAUCCAUGUUCACAUUAUCUUUAAACCUGCUCUCUAACAUAUGCUAACAAUCAUAGAGAUAUUUGAUGCUUUGGAUGUUCUAAGACAAUUUGAUGAUGAGCUGUUAUGGCUGAAAUUGUAGUAUUAUACAAUCUGCCCCUGGCCUAUUUAUUAAUCAAUAUUGGCCUUUUGUGGUAACAGCUCCUGUUUUUUUAUUUAAAGACAAACAAUGAAAUAAUAUUGAUUUUCAAAUAUUCAUAAAUAUUAAAUAGAAUUUUAUUCCAAUCAUUGUGGUCUAAAUUCUACAGUUGUAUUUUAUAUAAAUUUACAGAUUUUUAUAAUAUUUUUAACAAAGUUAAUUAAAUUAAGCGUAAGUUAUAAAAAUGUAUUUAUCUAAUCAAAUUGGGCACACUUCAAGAGAAAGAGAAAUUGAUGCUUGUCGAUGUAUUCAAAUAUAAUGAAAUAAGCAAUUUUUAAUAAUCAAUAAUGUUGUUAUGAUUAUCAAAGUGAGUUAUUUAAUAAAUCUAUGAAAUACAACUGUUCAGUCAUUACUUAGGAGUUAGUUACCCAAGUAAAAAUUUUGUUUUUUUUUUUGCAUGAAAUAUAGUUUUGUUAAACUAGAUAUUAAGUUCCUAUGCACUUACUAAGCCUAAUAUUACUUGAAUCAUUCCUAUAUUUUAGUACAAUAAAUAGCAGUAGUAUUUAAAAUAAUUAUAAAAUGUCUGGUCUUUAUAGGUCUAUCAGACCUACUCUGGAAAAUUUUAUUGGUAUUAAAAAUACGUUUCUUUUUAUCGAAAUGUAUUUAUUCCUUAAUUAAUUGAUUGGUGUGAUUAUUUCGACACUUUAUUCUAUUUAUUGUACUGUAAUAUGUAGGUAGGUAUGUCAUUUUAAAUGUUUGGUAACUCUCGCAAGUCUCAACACAGGCUGCUUCACAGUCCACGGUGCUCUAGGGUUGUCAAAUAUUUCGCUUGUUAGGCUUAGUGAAUGACUGGAUUGAACUAGAUUAAGGUUUUGUGAGUGUAAGUGUGAGAGAUAAACACUUAAUUGUGUUGCUUAAAUCACUCAUUCAAAUCUCUACAUGAUUGGUAUAGCAAAAAAAUGUGCGCAAAGUAUAUACACAGUAAUGCGUGCCCUGAAUAUAAUUAUUUUAUCAGUUAAAUCAACAUAUUUUAUUCCAAGCGAAUAAUUUCCUUAAACAAAACCAAGAUCACACAUUGCGUCAUCCACACAGAAUGCGAUAUUCUACUUGCAGUUGCAAUGCGUUUUAUUUAAUUACCUGAACAGCUCAAUAACUACACAAUAUUAUAUUCAUUUUUAUAUUAUCUGAGGCAGCAAUAGUACCUAUCCUCAAUUAUUUACGUCAACUACAUAUUUAUACCUUUUAAUUAUAUGUUGGUAAUAAGCAUGCUAUAAUAAAACCAUAAUUAUUUAUUUAAUUUACAUUAUUCAUGUUUUACAGUUUUUAUUUUCUGACAUAGAUUUGUGUAUCAUCUCUCACACCCACUUAAUUUUAAGCAUGCAUAAGGUAUGCGAAAAAUUGAUUUGAAUUGAAAUCUUAAUUAACUUAUUUAGAUUACAAGAUUUUAUAUUGCAUGAUAUUAUAUAUUUUAAGAACCAUAUGUUUUAGAAAUAAAAUAUGAAUUAAGGAUUAAACAGCGCGUGAGAGCGAGCACACUGAGUGAGCGGGCGAUGCACAAUUUGUUUCUGUGGGACGCGGAUCGCGGCGCGUCGUUUUGCAGUCUCGCAUUCCCUAAUUUUUUGAUGUUUUUUUAAUGGAAAUAUUCAUAAUAUUAUAGUUUAAUUAUAAGUCGUAUAUAAAAUCACGUAGGAAUCAAUUGGGGUGUUUUCUCAGUAAGCAGCAUUAUGAAGUUUCUAAAUCUAGUUAUCAUCAGAUACGUAUUUCGGUGUUCUCUGUCAUCCGCAACCCGAGGGCGCGUUACGUUUUUACUCAAGUUUGUCUCCGUUAUUUAAUUGAUUGAUUGAGUUCUGUAUUGGACAUGCAAUUAUUAUCACGCGGCCGUUGCCGUGGCAGCUCGGCUUGCGGACGGACAGCUCGCUGUAGUCGGUGGUGGAAGCUGGUAGCAUGUACACUAUCGCGUUUUAUUUGUUGCACGGCAUGGCUGAUAUGGUAUUGUUUGAUUAAUUAAUAAAUUUAAGUAUAAUUA